AUGGCCUCCAAUAAACCUACAUUGCAAAAAAUGGGAAAGAAACAGAAUGGCAAAAGUAAAAAAGUUGUAGACGCAGAGCCUGAAGAAUUUGUGGUGGAAAAAGCACUGGACCGACGUGUAGUGAAUGGGAAGGUGGAGUAUUUCCUCAGGUGGAAGGGAUUUACAGAUGCUGACAGUCCUUGGGAACCUGAAGAAAAUUUGGAUUGUCCAGAGUUAAUCGAAGCAUUUCUUAAUUCUCAAAAAGCUGGUAAAGAAAAAGAUGGCACAAGAAGAAAAUCUUUAACUGACAGUGAAUCGGAUGAUAGCCAAUCAAAGAAGGAAAGAGAUGCUGUUGACAAACCAAGGGGCUUUGCCAGAGGCCUUGAUCCUGAACGAAUAAUUGGUGCCACAGACAGCAGUGGAGAACUGAUGUUUCUCAUGGAACGGAACCAUUCAGAUGAGGCAGACUUGGUGCUGGCAAAAGAGGCUAAUGUGAAGUGUCCUCAAAUUGUAACUGCUUUUUAUGAAGAGAGACUAACUUGGCAUUCUUGUCCAGAAGAUGAAGCUCAAUAA